ACUUACAUUUGACUUUUGUAACCAUAUAUUUGAUCUUGCUAACCUAUUUUUAUAUAGUAGUUAAUAUUGUACUUCAACUAACUAUUAAUAAUAUGGAAAAUUUAUUGUUUCUGAAGAUUUCCUUCGUUCUCCUGCUGCUUUUUGUGGACUCGAUAAAUGGUAUAUGCUGGGAAUCCGCAUGUGAGCUUGCAAGCAACGAUUUCACGAAGUGUUGCAAAAAUGAUAGGUGCUGUUCAGAAUGGGAAUACAGCAGUGAACAAGUUGUGAAUGCUUUUAAACUCGGUGUUGGAGCAAUCAUUGGAAUCGCUAUCGGUGGAAUAGUAUUGAUCAUAAUCUGCAUCAUCGGAUGUGUAUGCUGUUGUUGCAGACCAGGACAAACUCGCCAGGGAGCUGUUAUUGCCAACACAAGCACAGUACAUGCACAGCCUGUAACCAUGCAUCAAUAUCCGCCACCAGGUGCGCAGUAUCCACCUGGAGGAUAUCCCGCAGGAUCUCAAUAUCCACCACAAUACGCCUCACAGCCUGCCUACAAUCCAGCAUCGCCAGGUGGAGUCGCACCUUACCCAGCCAAAGAUCCCAAUAUGGCCCAAGCGGGGUUUUCAAAUCAGCCACCACCUUACUAGAUUUAACCUGCGUUGCAAAACCAUUCCAUUUAUUAAUUUUUACCAUGGUUAUUGCACAGACUGGAUUGGGAAUUAUUUUUACCCAAUUAUUGCAUAUAUUGUAUAUUGCCUAUUUUUUUCAGUCCCGUAUUCUCACAGAAGGUAGAGAAUGCGAAUUCUUUCACAUUCAAAUUUUCGAUUGUUAUCGUUGCUGCAAAUUUAAUUUACCAUUUGAAUGUAAUAAUUUACGCAUUUAUGAAUUCGAAACACUGUAGAGAUGAAAUAUUGGAUGCAAUAUUUAAGUUUUCUUAUAUUUUAGUAGCCUACUUUUACCUGGACAUAACGUCUACACAACAGAAAUUAGGUGAAAAUAACAGUGAAAUAUUGCUGUUGAGGUGUGUUGAAAUUCCUCUCAUGUCCUACCUUCCCUUAUGAGUUGUGACUCAUAUAUAUGUAUCGUCAUUUACUUCCGUAUGUAAUUAAAUGAGUUGCCUAUAAUUUCCUGAUUUUUUCCACUACUUAACUGAACGUUUAGCGAAUAUAGCAACCAAAGUCACGAAGAUGCCUUCAAUUGUACAUGCAUCUAAUGUUUUCUAUUUAGUAUCUAAUCCAGGGAUGGCAAACCACAGACCCGCGGGUCACAGAGUGACCCACUGCGAAUUAUUUGUGACCCGCCAAGCGAAGGCACGAAUAAAAUAAAAUAAAAAUGCUAACAUAUCAGUGGUAAAAAUUGAUAAAACCGGCCUUAAAUUAAUCUAACAAUAACUAAACUAUUAUAAUGUACCGUCAGUUGGACAGUCAGAGCUGCGAUAGCUCAUAUUCAAAAUGUUGAUUUUCGGGCCGGUAUGCUAAUUUUCUAAAUCCCUAAUCUUAGACGCAUGUAUGCACCGUCGUAUACCCUUAUUCAGCUAUUCCGCCAGACAUCGUUUAUGACAUAACAUUGCAAUUGAUCUGUUCAUUUCUCGCAACGCCUGUCUCUUUCGGAAAUGCAUCUGCAGACUGUUUUAGGGGUUAUACGAGAACUAGAUGCUACUUUGCGUUU